AUGCCACGCGCGCCGGAGGGAGGCCAGCCCAGCCUGCCGGUCGGCACGCUGCCGGUCGAUGGCAUCCCGCGCGAUGGCGAAGAGUACCUGGCGAUGGUGCGUGCGGAGGCACAAAACGCACCGUCCAUUCUAGUGCAUGCUAUGGAAGAAGCGCCUCUCGCCACGCCGGCGCCGCAGCCCGAGGGGGACGCGCGUAUGCCGACGCAUGCAUGGUGCACGGUCUUUGUCGAGCGAUUCAAGCGCCUGCGCUACAGUGUGCGCGUGCUGCGGCCCACAGGGACUGUGCGCGCACGUAUACCCGGCGUCCACGAGGAGUCGCGCUGGUACGCCUAUGUGCAUGGCCGUGCGGCGCCGACCGAGGACGAGCGGCAGCGCAUGCUCGUCUCGGGCGCAGGCUCUGACUCGGAGAGCGAGGUCAGCGAACUCCUAGACGCUCACGAUCUCACGGCGCAUGGCUACCGAUUUCGUGAGCCCAGCCUGGCCGUCUUGGCGCAGCUCGACACGCGCGAGGCCGUAGCACUUACCAAGCUCUUUCGCAAGUGGAUGCAGCACGCCCAGUUCACGCAGGGCGACGCGGUCCUGCACCCUGUCCACGCGCGCUGGCUCUUUGGCCUGCUCGCCUGCCUCGACGACGACGUGUCGGGCGAGGACAUGGCCUCUCUGCGUGUCCUGGCUCGCGCGUGCAUCAAGUGCCUUGUGCGUGCGCGUCAGCAGUCUACGCAGCACGAGGGCGGCGCCUGGAUGAUUCUGGUCGUCCUCGCUGGCGUCUGCGGCCAGCGUGACUUGUGGGACGAGGCCCAGGCGCGCUUGGGCCCCGGCGGUGGAGGCCCGGCGUAG